ACUGCGAGUUGCCGAAGGAGCGCUCCGGGCUGCCGGGUGGCGCCAGGAUGAACCUCGCGCUGGGGCUGCUGGUGUUCCUGGGCACGCUGCUGUACUCCUGCGCGGAGGCGCUGGUGAAGCUGCUGCUGCCCGCCAAGAGGAAGACCGUCCGCGGGGAGCUGGUGCUGGUGACGGGCGCUGCCCGUGGGCUGGGCAGGGCCACGGCCCGCGAGUUCGCCCGCCGCCAGAGCCGCCUGGUGCUGUGGGACGUCGAGGCGCAUGGCCUCAAGGAGACAGCAACAGAGUGUGAGGGGCUGGGAGCCACCGUUCACACUUUUGUGGUGGACUGCAGCAAAAGAGAGGAGAUCUACAGCGCUGCCGAGAAGGUGAAAAAGGAUAUUGGUGAUGUCUCCAUCCUGGUGAAUAAUGCUGGUGUGAUUACAGCUGCUGACCUGCUCUCCACCCAGGACCACCAAAUUGAGAAAAUGUUUGAAAUCAACAUUCUUGCUCACAUUUGGACAACAAGAGCUUUUCUGCCAACAAUGAUGAAGAACAACCGUGGUCACAUUGUCACAGUGGCUUCUGCAGCAGGUCAAUUUGUAACUUCUUUCAUGGUGGCUUACUGUUCAAGCAAGUUUGCUGCAGUUGGAUUUCAUAAAGCCCUAACGGAGGAGCUGUCUUCACUGGGAAAGGAUGGAAUAAAAACAACGUGUCUCUGUCCAGUUUUUAUGAAUACUGGAUUUGUCAAAAACCCCCAUACUAGGCUUGGAAAGAUCUUGGAGGUUGAUGAAGUUGUGAAGGCACUGAUGGAAGGAAUAGUGACCAACCAGAAAAUGGUUUUUGUUCCACCACAGCUGAGCUUUGCUUUACUUUCUGAAAUGUUGAUUCCAGAACGUGCCUCGAAUGUUCUCAAAAAGCUGACUGAUGUUAAGUUUGAUGCAAUUGUUGGGCAUAGAAGCAAUCAGUGAAAAAGAAAUUGUUUCUCAUUUCCCCAUGAAAUGAGUGAAAGCAGAACAUAUGCUGAGUGUAGCACAGCAAUUUGGAUUCAGAGCAGAAUUAAGAUGGGUACUUCUUCCAGGCCACCGCUUCCCAUCACACCUUAAUGGUCCAUCCCACACCUGCAGCAGGAACAGAUGUGCAUAACAUGGUGUGUUAGCAGAGCAGAGAUGCAGCUCUAGAAGUCAGAAGGACUGUUCUGGCUGUGCAUUCUACGAUCUCUGACUCCUAGUGCUGUAGCAGACAAGAAACCCAUCAAGCCCUAUUUUGGGGUAAGAGCAGCUACCUAUAUGAAUACAGUGGGAUUGCCUGAGUGUAAAUUAAUCUGGUCUUAUCACUGAGCAACACUGUCUUGUGUGGGGAGGAGUGCUUCAAGGUGUCCCACUUCAUCUUAAUGAACCAUUUUAAGUUCAAGGAGCCUUGUGCUGCACACUCCAUGUUUUGUGCUUUUGUAAUGAGUACUUGAAAUAAUACAGCCUUUUAAUCACGUGUUACCUAAGUAUGUUGAUUGUCCAUUAUGCAUGAGCACCGUCAGUACAACUUAUACAGAAUAAAUGCAGUUCUCCACCCAGAA